CGCCUCAACAUAUUACACUGAAAUUCCAGCACUUGAACGUUUCUACUUCCGGUUCACUAGACGCAAUUUUUGUGUAUCCCCUGCCAGACUAUCUGACGAUUCUUCGAACCAAACGCAGUCCUCAAAAGCAUUCUCAUCGGACAUCAUUGAAGAAGAUCUUCACCUUGAGAUGCGUGAUCAACCCCACGUUAAACCGGAGGAGGAGUCGGAGAUGUCGUACAUCAAGCAGGAGGCGGAGCCAGUGACCUCCUGCAUUAAAGAAGAACAGGAAGAUGAAAUCCCCCCAUUUCCAAUGACUGUCAGUGUGAAGAGUGAAGAAGAUGAAGGUCCAAGCGAAGAGAGUGAAGCAGCAAAACAAUCGACUGACAGCUCAUUUCAGCACCUGACGACAAAGGUAGACGGACGAUCACAAACGGACAGCCUCUUAGCUCCGCUCUCGGACAGCGACGACGUAACGUCACACUCUUCUGACUUUAACACUGAUGAGGAGGAUGUUGACCUUGACCAAAAAGUUCCGAAACCCUUAAACGAGUCAUCAUUGAAAAGGGAUGCAAAAGAAUGCGCGGGUGGGAAACCGUUUGGUUGCUCACUUUGCGAUAAAAGAUUUUCACAGAAGGCUGACUUAGAAAAGCAUCAGCGUACACACACUGGAGAAAAGCCUUUUCUCUGCGCAUUUUGUGGUCAAAGAUUCACCGAGAAGGGAUCUUUAAACAGACACACAAGGACACACACUGGAGAGAAGCCUUUCGCCUGCUCACUUUGCGACAAAAGAUUUUCACAGAAGAUUCUGUUAGAAAGACAUACGCGUACACACACUGGAGAAAAGCCUUUUGCCUGCUCACUUUGUGGUCAAAGAUUCACUCAGAAGGGACAUUUACUAUUGCACACAAGAAACCACACUGGGAAAAAACCUUUGGCCUGCACACUUUGCGAUAAGAAAUUUUCUCAGAAGACUCAUUUAGAAAAGCAUAAGCAUACACACACUGGAGUAAAGCCUUUUGUCUGCACUUGUUGUGGUAAAGGUUUCACCGAGAAAGGAAAUUUAAACCAACAUACAAGCACGCACACUGGAGAGAAGCCUUUUGCCUGCACACUUUGCGAUAAAAGAUUUUCUCAGAAUUCUGGUUUAACAAAGCACAAGCGUAAACACACAUGAGAGAAGCCUUUUGCCUGCUCAGUUUGAAGUAAAAAAUUCAAUAGGAAGUAGCGUUGUGACAAAAUAUCAAAAUGGAGAUAAUAUCAAGGUGGUUAUCGAUAUGCUCAUACCAAGAAUCGAGAUAUCGUUUUAAAAAGGUGUCAAUGUUUAAAAAAAAAAAAAGUUGCUCCCACCAUAAUAGUGUCUCAGUUAACUCUAUGGCUGCCAUUGAUGGUGCUCGACGUCAGGGGCGCUGGAAAUCACUCACAGCGGGCGUGAUAUUUGUUCCAUAGCCUUUUUCAGCAUUGUGGAGCUCAACAAUUUUUUCUCUGGUGGCUUUCGAAAGCUCUGUAGUCUUGUCCGUGGUAGCAGUUGGACUAUGACUGAUGUGGGUUGCACAGGUGACAAUCUUGAGCUAA